AUGAUUAAAGUCGCACAAACGGUACUUGAUGAAGGCUUUUUAAAGCUUAAAACUGCAUUUGCAAUGGUUAGCCCAAACGUUACGUACACCACACUGCAUGCACGAAGAAAGUUGCUCCAAAUCCCGCUAGUAAGUCUCGGAAUUGGGGAUCAGAAAAAAGGCAAUUAUUCCAUAUAUUUAGUGGAGAAGCAGUCUACGGUCCAGUAUAAAGUGUUGCAAUCCCUUUUGAACAAUUGGGUUAAUUGUCAAGACACGAAGUUGCCGAUCAACUUAAGAAAGGAAACUGUGGACGAGCUCCUAAAACUUGCAGAGUCUCACGGAGAAAGACAGCGUUUAAAAUACGCCAUCGUUAAAGCAGCUGGUAUGUCAAGUUCCCGGGCAAAAGAUAUGUAUGGUUUUAAUGAUAUGUCGUCCAAAAUUAGUGAAGUCGAAAGUGCACUUGACGAAUCUGCCGCUAUUCGUGAAGUAAUCGAGAAUAUAGCGGAAGUUAAGGACCAGGCAAUUCUUCGUUCCAUUGGCAUCUACGAUACUACGACUGAAAGUGAAGAUGAAGGUGAAACCUCUGAUUGUAGCGAAACAGAUAGUGACAUUUCUGGAGAUGACGAAGAUAUACUCUUUAGAGUUGAUGCAGCUGAAAAUAUGGGCGAGCCUCAAAUGAUGCAACUGGAACAGUCUGGAAAACAAGAGUCUGCAGACACAGAGGAAACUGAGACAAGCUCGUUGGACGAUCAGCAACUUAUUGAUAUUCUUCGUUGUUGCGACCUGAAUUGGAUUGAAUUUGCACGUAUUGUAACUGGUAUACAAGAAAACAAACAACCAAAUGUGACUGAGAACAUGCUUCUUGAAUUUGCUGGAAAAUUAUCAAGUCUAAAUUUAACCAAAGAGGAAGAGCGUUUGGUCGAUCAAUCAAGGCAAGCAUAUCUAAUCGAAAGAUGGCAUAAGGACAAAGAAGAUGACGUGGAUGAUGGUUUAGUUGUCUCGGAAUCCGAAAGUGAUGAUCCAAAUGAACUGUGCCAAGUGAAAGACCCAUUAGACGCCAAAGGGAAGGCAGUUAUAUUGAAAAAGAGGGCCGCCAUUCAACGGAAAGCUAAAAGAGAGGUUGCUAAGCGCAUUGCAGAAAGGCGUUUCUUGCAGAGAAGACGAAGCAAAAGAAUAGGAAGAAUUGAAAAGGAAUGCCCCGAUAUUGGAAAGACGAUCGAGGAGUUUGUGCGCAAACGAGGGGUUGGUGCUGACUCAUGGCGCAGAACUGGAGUUUUAACGUUCGACGGAAACAGGCGUGUGGGAAAAAAGGUUACAUUCCGGAGAAUCCAAGAACAUCUAGAGGCAAAGUACAAAAGGAAAUUUGGGUAUGGAACAGUUGUUCAGCUAUGUAUACCCAGAAACAAACGUCGAAAGUCUGCAGCUCGAUACAAAGGCCUAGCUCAGGUAACAAAUAGACGUGCGAGGAAGGGAUUUACUUUGAAAUAUAAUCCAGAUGAACAUUGGAGCGCAGCACUGUAUAGGGGGUUGGAUGACAUACAAUAUAAAGACGGCAGACAGAUCAUGAACGUUGGUCGUGACGAUCAAGCUGGCUUCCGUCUAGAUACGAUGACAACCAGUAAACAGAAUGCGACGCUUUGUUGCAAGGAUAAUCUACCACUCACCACUAGAACGGAUUAUGUAAACCAAUACCCAUCUGUCUUACAGACAACUUGCUACAAUUUCGCGGCUACAGAAACGACAGGUGAAGUAUGUGCUGGUGUGGUAAAGGCGAAGAAGCUAUUCUUCAAGAACCCUGCUCAGCAUUAUGCAGAUAUAAUGAUGAUCGAAAGAAAUGAAGACAUAAAACCAGCAUUUAUCAAUCCUCUAACUGGUAAAAUAAAGGAGAUGGAAUGCAUUAGAGUUGACGGUGGAGGAGAUGAAGGACCAGUGCACGAAGAGGUGCAAUACUGGUGGACAAAGCGCCACUUGAUCAACGGGACAAAAGCAACCAUGGUAACAACCAGAAGCAGUGGUUCUAGUUACAGGAACCGGGUUGAACUUCAGAACGGGUGCCUUGCCUUAGCACAUGCAAACUUAUUCAUUUCAUCCACUUUAAAUGGUUCGUGUAUGGACUCAGGCAAGGUUAAUGAUAAUCUUCUAUGCAAGAAUCUUGAUGCAGCGAUAGAUGUCUACAUCUCAAGGGUGGAUGAAGCCCCGUGUGCUCGAACUGUAAUACAUUUAAUGAAGGGUGCAAAAAGUGAGGAUGUUCAAAUGGAGCGUGAAAUCGUGCUUACAUUCUUGAAAGGUAAAGUAGAAGAAAAAGAGAAUGCCAAAUUAACACAUUCUGACUUAUAUAAAAGUAUAGAGGCUAUAUGGCAGUUGAGAAAAAGGCACAUGGUUGAGAAAUUACCUCAUCAAUAUGUAUUCUAUUUAAAAUGCUGCUUUCUGCCCAAUUGUAUACACCCCGUGUGCAAAGGAAGUUUGCACAACAUUAGCGAGGAUUGUUGGUAUCCAGGUGGUCCAUCAUUGGACUUUUUCCCCACCCCUACUCCUGACCCAGAUCGUCCAUAUGGCAACGAAAACUGUCAAGAGUGUGUUGGUUUUUGUGCAGGACAUUACAUGAAGCCAUCCAAGAUUUUGAGUUAUGUCAAAAGUGGAAAACGUCUUCCGGAUGCGAUACCGCCUUCGCAAGUCCUCUCAGAAACCUUUAAAAAAUGUGCUGGACUUCCAUCAGACGACGUUAUUAGUACUACCGCAAAGCAAGUUCUGUUGAAGCAAGAAGAUGUCAAGAUGUGGUUUCAGCAUCUUGAAGUAGUGGAGACAAAUCGGAAGAAAGGGGCAAAGAAGGCUGCUGCUACGAGAAAAGCGAGAAAGGAGAAGAACAAAACAACCAUUACGAAGUAUUGA